GUACUGGCCGCAUGCUUAAUAAAAUCGAGCAUUUCUAGCCAAAUGACGAAGUAAGAGUAGUGGAAGGGAAUUAUUCCAUAUUUUUGGAGGAAAAACCUCGCUUUGCGGACCUUAAUCCGCUAAAGAAUGUCAGGUGAUGUUCAGCCGAGAAAACGGAAGGACAAAAGGCGGAAAAAAGAUGUAAGCAAUUUACCAGCGGAGUACAGAGCCCAAAAGAUGAGGGUCGUUCUAGAGGAUUUAAGUGGAAGUGAAGAUGUUGGAAGUAGCACCUUCUCAUCAGAUGAAACUAUACACGUCCAUAAAGAUACGGGAACGGGUGGGAACAUCUGUGCUAAGGUAGUGUUCUUUCUGCUACUUGGUGCACUGGCUGUAAUGGUUGGCCUCAUUCUGACAGAAUAUCGGGGCUCUAGUGAUGUGGACACACCAGUGGCAGAAUCGAGGUGGGCACAGGUGUUUGAUGGUUGGGUUGAUGAGAGUCCGUUGAAACAUGAUGAACAUGACAAACAAUUAGAACAGAGUGGGGAACACAAUGAUGAGCAUUCUGAAGAAACUGAAGAACAUGGGGAUGACGAACAUGAGGAAGAAGAGGUAGAGAGUGAGGAGGCACAGUUUCCAGAAGAGGAGGAAGAACAAGUACCAGAGGAAAGUGAAGAAGGACUACAGGAGGAAGAGGAUGGGGAGGAGGAAGAAGAAGAAGAAGAAGAGGAAGAUGAACAAGAAGUCAGUGAAGAGGAACUGGAAGGCAUCCCUGGAGUGACAGAGAGUGAUGAAGAAGAGGAUGAAGGGGAUGGUGAGAAUGCUGAGGAUGAUGAUGAGGAGGAGGAGGAGGAGGAAGAAGAGGCGGCAGCAGCAGGGGAGGAAGAUGAGGCCAGAAGGAUGUCAACAGUAGCACCAGAAGUCAAGCCCAUGACAGAAACAUCAUCUAACUUGCCUAUACAGAGUCAUAGUCAGGCAAGAGACAGUUUGAGUGAAGAGUUUCAUGAAAGACAACAAAGUAAAGGCAUACAUAUGGCGGUGUCAUCGAAGGGUGACAAAGAACAACAAAAUAUGCAAUUAAAAAGUGAGGAGGUUAAACAAGAGCUUGUAAAUCAGUCAGCGGCAAAACAAACAACUUCAAAUCCACAAUUUUUGCCUCCUCCUAAGCCUGACAGAGCAAAUAAAAUGCCUGAUAGUGCUCUAGGUGCCAGUGUUGUACAGGAAAUCUCACCCUCACAUAUCAGGGAUGGAGAGAGAGUUCAACAGGGCACCUCAGACACAACGUUCUCUAAUUCACAGAAGCCAGUUACAUCCCAUACUUCAGAACAAAUUCUUGCACAUACUGCAACAGAGAAACCAAUCCCAACAAAAGAACAAACCAUUUCACAAACCCCAACAGAGAAACUGGGUGCACCACACAUUCCAGCAGAAAAACCAAAUGCUCUACACACCGCAACAGAUAAACCAAGUACACUGUACACCUCAACGGAAAAAUCAGCUGUUCAACACAUCUCAACGGGAAAACCAAGUUCUUCCAAUUAUCAGGUGCCUCCUCCUACAGUAACGCAACUUAAAGCAGCCUCACAGGCUGCCCAUGCCCAUGAUUUAAGAGGAGAUAAAUUGGAACUCUCCAUUGCAGAAAAAGUGACUGAAGUGCAUUCAUAUUCAGAAUAUUCUAAAAGUGCAGGUGUGAAACCAGUGUUGAGUCAGGUGUCCAGCAAGGUAGCAAAGGAUGGAACAAAACAGGACAUCUAUAUUACUCAACAGCGUACGGAUGUAGAGGGUUUUCAAAGGGCACAAACACCUUCACAAGAAUCAGAUUCAGUUACUCACUCUUCAGGUAAUGUUCCAAAAGAGGCAUCAGUACUAGCUGAUAAAAGUGAAUCAAAAAUACCAGAGACUGCGAAGAAUGCUUCAAGAACAUCUGCAUUCAAGCAUAAAAAGGUGGGAGGUGAAGAUGGUGAUGAAGGUGAUGGCGAUAAUGAUGAUGAAGAAGCUGUUGAAGAAACAAAAGAAGAAGAGGUUGAAGGGGGAGAAGCAGAAGGAGAUCAUGAAAGUGCCCAUGAAGAGGAUGGUGGUGAUGAUGACGAUGAAGAUGAGCCUUCUGGUGUGGCGCUAAAGUUUGGUGUUGGUGUGGCGCUAGUUCUAGUAGCGCACGUGGUACUGGUUAGGAAGUGGAAUGCGGAUGAUGGUGUGACAGUGCAGCCAACUGUACCAGGACAAGCAAUUGGCACCGAUCAUGGUGUGGAAGAGAUCACGCCAGAUUUGAUAGAGAGGCGACAGACACUGAUACCGCAGGAUAAUGCACAAGAUGACCUUGAAGGAUCUGAAUAUUCUGAAGAUGAAGAUGCAGAAGAUGAAGAAGAGAAAUUGCAGAAAGUAGAAAUGCUUGAAGACUACAUGACAAAGUACAGACAACAAGCACCAACAAAGAAAGAAUAUACAAAGGAAGAGAAAAGAGUUUCACCUGCAGAGAGUGAAGAAGAUGCAGGAGAGGAAGAGGAGGGUGAGAAAGAUACUAAAGAGGAUAGUGAGGAGGCAGAAGAGGAAGAAAGUGAAGAGGAGGAAGAACAGCCAAGAGCUUUUGUCACACGUGCUGCUGACAUCACUCCGGAAGAGUCGGGAACUGAAGAAGACGAGUCGGAGGAAGCAGAAUUUGUGCCAGUUAGAAGAGUCACAAAGAGCUCUGGAGGACAGGGUUAUGAAAAAACUGACGUCACUAGUGAAGAUGAUCUCAAAAUCCGUGAAGAUUUGGACUUGGCUGAUGCAGAGAUGGAAGAGAACCUGAAUGGUCAGAGGCCGGAGGCAGCUCUGCGUACGUUCACAACCAUCCUGAUGAAAAACCCUGCAUCUCCUCGAGCCCAUCAUGGAAAGGCACGAGCAUUGGACAAGCUGGCAGAAAAGAAGCAUAGCAAUGCCCUGCUGCAGGAAGCAAUUGAUGCAUACGAGAGAGUUCUUGCGCUGGGGUUGUCAGUGCCUGACAAACUGUUUGUUCAAGCUGCUGAGAGGUGCAUCAACAGGAUGAGGUUUAAGGGUCAGUAUCAUACAGCUGUUCAUAUCCACAAGAAGCUAAUCCAGCGAUUCAGUGAUGACCCAGCUUAUCCAAAUCAGUUAGCUGUCACGUACUUGAUGAUCAACAGGCUAGCAGAUGCAAAACACAUUUUGGAGGACACUCUGAGGCGCUGGCCAGAAAAUGGGUUUGCUCAGGUUCACUAUGGCUUUAUCCUCAAGACUAGCGACAACAAUAAUGAGGCUGCAGUAGAUUACUUGACGCAGGGCAUUGCUACAAGGGAACCAGGCACCCUUGAUGGACGUUUCUUCUUCCAUUUAGGUGAUGCCCUCACGAGACUUGGCCGUCAUGAAGAGGCUGGCAAGAUUUAUGACCUGGGAGUGAGGGAGGGGCUGUUCCUGUCAAAGUAUCAACGUUCCUUGUAUAAUGUCAAUAGACUCCGAGCACAACCGUGGUGGACACCAGAGGAGACAACUUACUCGAAAUAUUUCAAGAAGCUGCAAGACAACUGGCAACAGAUCAGGGAAGAAGGCUUGAUGGUUCUGGCUAACAAGAUAUUUAAAGAUGAAGCAGAGAACCUCAAAGAUAUUGGGAACUGGCAGCAGUUUGAGCUGUUUGCUCGAGGCCGCAGGAUUACUUCAAACUGUUUGAAAGCUCCCUUCACUUGUCAGCUCAUAAGUGAGUUUCCUGCGGCCCGUGAUUGUCGCCGUGGGCAGGCCAAGUUCAGUGUGAUGCAUGCUGGGACUCAUGUUUGGCCGCACUGUGGCCCCACAAACUGUCGUUUACGGUCACAUCUUGGUCUCAUAGUUCCUGAGGGCACAUAUAUUCGAGUGGCUGAAGAGACGAGGACCUGGAAAGAGGGAAAGUUGUUUGUAUUUGAUGACAGUUUUGAGCAUGAGGUGUGGCACAAUGGGACAACUACGAGACUUGUGCUUAUAGUCGAUGUGUGGCACCCAGAACUGACAGAAGAUGAGAAGAGAUCAAUGCCUGCCAUUUGACAGGGAAAUAAGUUUGUGACAUGGAAAGUUAUUCAUCCAAUUAAGAACAUGGUCAUCCUUGCAGCUGUGUAUCCUAGUAAUACAGAUUUUUGUGCUGUAUAGAUCGGUGAUUCUCGAUCUGCAUUCUGAGGAACCUGCUGUCAUAGGUUUCAAUAGGUUCCACAUUUAGGUUUGUCUUAUGGCAAAUGUUGUUACAGUUACAAAUCCUAAAGCUGAUUUUAUCCCCAGUUACAAAUUUUUUAAUUGUUUCAGUUCUAAGAGCCCGUAGAACAAUAAUUUCUAAUGCUGUCUUUUCCAAACAUAAACAGUGUGAACUUACUGACAGAGGUUUUCAUUAGUGUAUUAGCAUUAUCUGUAUUGCGACUGGCUUCCAGAAUUUUGUGUUAUGUUCCUCAGUAAAAAUGUUACAUUUCCUAUGUGCAAAAUUCCUUUUCCAAUGUUAGAGAUUUCAAGAUAGUAAAACUGAAGUUUGAUUUUUUGUUGGUUCUGUACUGAGACAGUCAUUUAAUACAAUUUUUGAUUCCAAGAGCACAUCUAGGAGCCAAAAUAGCUUAGUCAUUGAAGUGACUAGAAUAUGACCUGGGUAACAAGAGUUCAGUUCCUGGUGGACAGAGAUAUUUCUCUUUGCCAUGUCCAUACCAGCUGUGGGCUCACCCAGCCUUCUGCCCGAUGGUUACUAGGUGUUCUUUUCCUUGGGGUAAAAUGGCUGGAGUUUAAACUGGCCAAUCACUUCCCUCUAGUGUUGAGGUUAAGAAUGAUUGGAAUUCCAAUCAUUGAAAUAUUAUGGUAGAUUGUCUCCUUCAGAAAGAACCCAUGAGGAAUACUCAUGAGGUUUUGAUAAAUCACAAAAGUAGAAUACUAUAAUAUUGGACAUUACACAUGCCUAGAGAACUCAUCUCUCUUUGCCUUACUCCAAUAUUUAGAGAAUUUUCCCUGUAACAGAUCUGAGGUUAAUAUAGAAAAGUCUUUGGUUUUAAUAUCCUUUGAAUUUUGUAUAUGCCUACCACAUAAAAUCUUCCAUCUAAUUUCAUAUGUACAACUUUUGGUUAUAGUUGGGUUCCUUCUAUGGACAAAAAUGUAUGGGAAACACUGCUGUAGAUAUUUGAACAGCUAUUUAAAAAUUGUGUAUGGAGCUGAUAUACUGCCAUUCACUUGCAAGGAAUGUUUUUUAUAUACUAAUGAUAAUUUGUUCAAAGUCCAGCUAUAAAAGUGCCUUUUGGUGAUCUUUCUUUGUAUGUUGUAUGAAGGAUGUGGUUUAUUUAUUGUAAUAUAAAAUAAAUUACAUUAAAUUAUUUGUAUGAAACUGUU